AUGACGACUAAGACCAUCCGCGGGAACUCGCAAUUUCAGAAGCCCUCCUCUCUACGCUGGACGUGGGAGUCACCCAGUGGAGGGUACCGUAAUGAAAUAGACCACAUCAUCGUCAAUAAAAGGUUCUGCCUGACGGACGUCGCUGUUGUACCAAAGUUCUAUACGGGAUCGGACCAUCGCCUCGUCCGAGGAAGAUUUUCCUUCACAAGGAGAGCAGAGAAAGCCGCCAAGUUCAGAGAGAGAAAUCCCAGGACUACCAUCAACUGGGAUCUCUUCGCUACACUAGCCGGCUUUUGGAAAGAUUCCGCAAUGGACAACAUCGACGAGGAAUAA